AUGUUCUAUUUAUCGAUCAUUCUACUUCUCACAUUGAUUAGUCUUGCAGUUUAUUAUGUUUUUCUUCUACAGCAACGUUACCAAUACUUUCGUCGACGUGGUAUUCCAACACCACCUUUCCGCUUUUUCUUUGGACAUAUGAAAACGUUAUGGAAUGUUCCAUCUUUUCAUCGUCAGCUUGAAAAUUGGACAAAACAAUAUGGUAAAAUUUAUGGGAUUUAUCAAGGAACUACGCCUACUUUUGUCGUUAGUGAUCCUGAUUUUCUUCAAGAAGUUUUUGUCAAACAAUUUCUCAAUUUUCCUUCACGAAGACAAGUUUUAGGAGGUAGUAGACUUAGAAAUGUUUUUAAUGCAUCAGGUGCAACAUGGCGUCGACAUCGUCACGUUAUCAAUCCAACAUUUUCAGCAGCAAAAUUAAAAAUGAUGAGUCCACUUAUCAAUGGAUGUAUAACAAAUGUUAUGAAUAAAUUAAAAGAUCAUGCUGAAAAUGGUAAUGAUUUCAAUAUUUAUACAUAUUAUAAAAGAAUGACAAUGGAUGUUAUAUGUCGAUGUGCAUUUGGUAUUGAUACUGAUUUACAAAAUAACCCAGAUAAUAUCUAUUUUAAGAAAGUGGAAGAGAUCUUUGUUCGAAGUAUAAGAUCAAAUAGCUUUUUUAGACUUUCUCAAUUGUUACCUGAACUGGCGUAUGUUAUUGGAAAAGUCUUUUUUGGUAUUAAUAUGGUACGAGCAUUUAUUAAUAUUCAUAUUUUAUCUUUAAUAUCAAAAAAAGAAUUACCUGAACUUCCGAGUAUAUGGCUUUUCAAUCGAUUACAUCCAAUUAUUGAACAAAGACAGAAAACACCAACUUCACGAGUCGAUGUUUUACAACUGAUGAUGCAAGUAAUGACUGAUGAAAAAGCUCAUGAUGAUGUACAAGAUACUAGUAAAGCUAAUUAUCGAUUAGUAAAAGGAGAAAUUAUUAGUAAUAUUAUUGUUUUUAUGGCAGCUGGAUAUGAAACAACAUCAACAGCAUUAGCCUAUGCAACAUAUGAACUUGCUAGACAUCCAGAAGUUCUUGAAAAAAUUCAGGCAGAAAUUGAUCAACUUCCAUUAAGCAAUGAUGAUGAUGAUGAUUCGAAUGAUGAAAUGAAAAAAUAUCCUGAUUAUGAUAUAGUUGCACAGAUGCCUUAUAUGGAUAUGUUUGUUUCGGAAGUUUUAAGAAUGUAUCCUAUUGCUAAUACUGCAGUUCAAAGACGUACUGCCGAAAAUACAAUCGUACAAGGAAUUCCAAUUGAAAAAGGCACUUUAAUACAUACAGAUAUCUUCUCAGUUCAUUAUGAUCCUGAACUUUGGGGACCGGAAGAUCCUUAUAUUUUUUAUCCUGAACGUCAUCAAACAAAACGUCAUCCAAUGGCUUAUUUACCAUUCGGAGCAGGACCAAGACAAUGUAUUGGUAUGCGUUUUGCAUUAAUCGAAAUGAAAAUUCUAUUAGUACGAUUACUUCGUGAAUAUUGUAUUCUUCCCGGUGAAGAGCUUCAAAGUAAAUUCAAUAUUCGUGAACGAACUGUCAUCGCGCCAGAAGAAGUUUGGAUCAAAUUAGUACCAAGAAAUGUUUAA